GCCUGGUAUCUCCUGAUCCCCUCCAUUAAAAAUAAAUAAAUCAAAACUGAAAAGUUCAACAAAAUGCCUAUCCUCUUCUCUCCAUCGUUCUUAGUUCCCUCUUGCGCCCAGAACGAGUUCAGCUUGUGCAAUUCGAAAUCCAACAAAACCUAUGCUUUUCAUCAAAAUUUCAACCUCUUUUACUGCAACAUCUCUCGGAAAACCCCUUGUUUAUCCUCCAAAUUCCCCACAUUUCUCAGGUACUACCCUUCUAAAACCCUAUACUUCACUUGCAGAGAUGGCAUCAGCCCUAGUUUUGGGCAACUCGACGGAGAUGAGACGAUGGAUUUCGACUUGGGGGAGUUGGGUGACGAGGAAGACGAGGGGUCGCCAUGGGAGGGGGCUAUUGUUUACAAGAGGAACCCUUCGGUCUCGCAUCUGGAGUACUGCACCACAUUAGAGAGGCUAGGGUUAGGGAAGCUGUCCACGGAGCUGUCCAAGUCCAGGGCUUCGGAAAUGGGAUUACGGGUUACGAAAGCCGUCAAGGAUUUUCCACUCGGGACGCCUGUUCAAAUCUCCAUUGAUGUUACUAGGAAGAAGCAGAAGCUGAGGCUUGAUGGGAUUAUAAGAACUGUAAUCACUCUCGGUUGCAAUAGGUGUGGUGAGCCAGCCACAGAGUGUCUUUUCUCCAACUUUACACUUCUAUUAACUGAGGAACCUAUUGAAGAACCAGAUGUGAUCAACAUGGGAGUAAUAUUUGGAAAAGAUAAAUUUAAAUCAUCGAUGGAAAGUAGUUUCGAGAAUGAUGAUGAGGCUUCAAUUGAUUUGGAUGAUCAACUCUAUUUUCCUGCUGAACAGAAAGAAAUUGAUAUCUCGAAGCACAUACGAGACAUGGUGCAUGUGGAGAUAACCAUUAAUGCAAUAUGCAUUCCCAGCUGCAAAGGUUUAUGCCUCAGGUGUGGUACAAAUCUUAACACUGGUAGCUGUAAUUGUAGUAAACAGGAGGUAAAGGAGAAAGACUAUGGUCCUUUGGGAAAUUUGAGAAAGCAAAUACAACAAAUAUAAUUUGUAGAUAGAUGCCUUUAUUGUUUACUCCCACCCCUAUUGAUGCUACUUUAUUCUCUACCACUUGCCAUUGUUGAACGAUUUGAGGUUUUGUACGAUCAUUCUUCGAGGAUUGGUAAAGAGCAGUGCAGCGACCAUCUUUUUUGGCUUUCCAUUGCUUCUUCA